CGUCCUGAUGAGUAGACGCGAUUGUAGGGAAACCUCUUUCUAAGCACGCCGCGUGUAACUUCGAAAACUUUACGAAAGUUAUAUUGUGAAAUUGCUAUUUUUUGCUGUUUAAAUUAAUAUGAGUAAAGAAAAGGGAAACUAAUCUAAAUUUAAUUUAUAUGAUUAAUCGCGUAUCUUGAUUGGAGUGAACUAUAAACAGCUUGUAGUGUUUAGAAACAAUUGAAUUUUGAUCGCUUGUGAAUUAUACUGUUAUGAUCUUUCGUUUCCUGUAUGCAACGACGGAAAUUGGCGCACGAGUCGAAUACGAACACGUUCGAAAUAGCCUUUGUUGCUUCCUACAGUAGAAAAUAUAUUAGGUCAUCGAGCAUGAAACAAUAACGGAGCCGUCGCGAUAGCACUUCCUGAGCAGCUGUUGAUAGCCAUUAUGUCUUAUCAAAAACAGAAGGCCUGGCCUUAUCAGUCGUGGACGAAACCCGCACGCGUCCCGACCUAAACACCACAUGACAAGCGCGAGAAAACGAUGAGUAAUCUCUUAAAAUGGGUGAUUUGUUUCCGAGUAUACAGAAGAGUACGCUGGCCAGUAACGUAGGUGGCGACAAUUGGAGUGUUCCUGGCCUUGAUGAGUACAGCACUGAUGAAGAGUUGGCGUCCGUGGAACUAUUCAAGGACUACCCGGAAGGACUGCUGCGCUUCGCAUCAGUAUGCUGCGUUUUAUUCAUGCUUGUGGGAAUCCCCGGCAACUUCAUCACGAUUGUAGCCUUAGCGCGCUGUAAAAAAGUGCGUAAUGCAACAGCUGUUUUCAUAAUGAACCUGUCCUGCUCUGAUCUGCUGUUUUGCUGCUUUAACCUGCCCCUGGCAGCGUCUACGUUUUGGCAACGCUCUUGGGCACAUGGGCGGACCCUUUGCCGGAUGUUUCCUCUGGCCAGAUAUGCAUUGGUUGCAGUCUCGCUAUUUACAGUACUUGCUAUCACUAUCAACAGAUAUGUUAUGAUCUCGCAUCCUAGACUUUAUCCCAAGUUAUAUAAAAAACAAUAUCUGGCCUUGAUGGUAGCAGGAACAUGGGUUUUCUCAUUUGGGGCUCUUAUCGCCACGUGGCUCGAGAAAUGGGGUCGUUUCGGUCUGGAUCCAUCCAUUGGGUCGUGUUCAAUUCUUCCAGAUAGCAAUAAUCGUUCUCCCAAAGAAUUUCUUUUCGUCGGCGCAUUCAUGCUUCCCUGCUUAGCUAUAGUUAUUUGCUAUGCACGUAUAUUUUGUAUUGUAAGAGAAGCGGCUAGACGCUCCAGAGCGCCUUUCAAGGGGAGACCGCGUCCUGGUUUAGAAGAUUCCGCAGUCGGUUCCGCAUCCACUGCGCUAGAACGCUCGCCAGGCCCGGAAAACGGUGUUAUGCACAGUAGUGUGCCUCGGAAGGCCCUUCUAGCACCACCCAUACUUCAUUGUCCAGUCACCCCAGGCCCCGAACGGUCUUCCUCUUCCGGGGUGGACACUCUGGAUGGUCAUGAUGAUGAAUGCGCUCUAGAUGCAAAGCCCCGAACUCCAAGUGGCGGAGAGACUGCUAAGCGCCUCCGACAGGCAGCGGUCGUUCUAAAGCGGUCCCCAGCACCCAUUAGGCCUCCCCGUUUAACUCCGAAGGACAGAAAAUUACUAAAAAUGAUAAUGGCAAUAAUGUUAUCGUUCUGGGUGUGCUACCUGCCAAUAACGUUGACAAAGAUAUUCCGCGAGUUCACGUCACACCCCGCAGCAAACAUCGCGGGCUACAUACUCAUAUACCUGACGACGUGUAUCAAUCCUAUUAUAUAUGUGGUGAUGUCGAGCGAAUAUCGGCAAGCUUACAAGAACCUGUUAAUGUGCAAGCGAAGGGCGUGACGUUCGCCCGGCGAC